CCGAUUUGAGCGAUUUGAGCGACGUUUCUGACGAAGAAUUCGAUGAAAAUGAGGUGGCAGAACUCGACUACGAGUCCGAAGAUGACGGUCGGCAGUAUUGUGUGUGUGGGGAGCCUUCAACCAUGGAGAUGAUCGCGUGCGAUGAUGAUCAGUGCACCGUUGUGUGGUGGCACUAUAGCUGCGCCGGUGUUUGUGCCGAUACAAUCCCAGACACCUGGGUUUGUAGUCGAUGCCUCCCUGGAACGACUGAAGAAAUAGAUUCAUCUCCUGGUCCUGAUCCUACAGUUUCAAGACCACCUCGUUCUCGGAAAACCAGACAGAAACCAAAGAAGACAUCUGAGACUACAGAUGCAGUGACCACAGACGCACAGCCAUCUGCAAAAAAAGACAAAAAAGCUCGAAAGCCUCCAAAGCCUGCUGUAAAACGUCCCGAGGCAAAGUUCUGUGAAGCUGAUGCACUUCAGAAAGCUGACCAUUACUUCAUGUCUGGACUACAGCAGCUGCAGCAGCACCCAAUCUGCCUUGGAGUCUACCCCACCGCGGUCUGCAUGCUGAGUCUCGUCGCGAGCUUGAUGGCCAAGACCAACACCGAAGCAUUGCAAGAUUUCUGCGCGGCUACAGUUAGCGGAUUGUGGUUCGUCAUAACAGCCGGAGAUUCUAAAUAUCUUAAGCCAGAAGGCUAUGAGAUUCUUUGGCGAGCCUUUCACAAGUACAGACCGGAGGUAAACGAUAAGUGGAUAGAACUUUUGCAAGCCAUGGGACUGUACAGAGAGGGGCAGCAUGUCCACCUUGUUUGCCAAUUUCUAUUGCAGGCAGUUUUACACGCUAUCAUUGAAGAUAGAAAUAAACAAGAUAAACCCAUUGACAACCCAGCUGAAACAAAGUCUGAGAGCUUAAGUCCUCAGGAGGAACAGGUUUUGAGAUAUGUAUCUGGAUAUAUUCCAUUUUCUCUGUUCAAAAACUUGAAUAAACAAAAAAAUGACACUGCUAUGACAUACUGUAAAUUCCUUAAAUCCUGGAAAGUAGACUGUAGUGAUGAAACUGCAAGGACAUUUCUCCAAUACACAAACGACUGGAUUGAUAAACAAAAUCGUGGUGGGUUAUUUCGUGUCUCUGAUGGGGUAUAUUUAUUGUUCCGAGCCAUGGAGCAGGAGACAUGCAAGUAUUUGACCAAGAAUAAUCUAAAAACAUUUCAAGGAUGUGAUAUUCAGAGCACGCUUUUGAACAAUAUUAAAGGUAGUCAUCGAGUACAAACCUACUGGUGUAGUCUAACACAAGGAAAGAUAACAGGGGACACUUCAACAAACUUACUGAACAUGACUGUGAAGAAGUGGAUAAAAAUCAGAGCAAAAGCUUUCAUCAAUGUGUAUUUAAACUUGAAGAAAGCAACACAUGGAAAUGUUGGGAAAAAAGCAGAAAAAGCUCUGCGUAAGGAUCUGUAAAUUCUGAUACAUGUACAUCGUACUUUGCAAGUAAAUCAAGUGUCUGGAUUCCAUAUCUCAAAAUUGUAAUUGUAAGCAUGCCACCCAACAAGCUGAUACACCAGUUCACAAUAUGCAUUACUAUAUUCUAAGUAGCUUUUUGUUAUCAUUUAGUAUUAAAGGGAAUUUGAUGUACAAGUAGCGAUACUCGAAAGUUUUACAGAUAUGCAAUAACAUUUCAAUGCUGACAGCUGACAGCAUCGAAGUACAAGUGCUGUACAUAUUCAUUGUUAAUGUAAUUGUAUCAUUAAUACAUGUACAUGUAUACUAAUAAAGGUUUGAUCGCAAACAUGCCUUUGUAGAUGCAAUGUGACAUAUUUUUUCCUCCUUUAAUAUUCCCUGUACUUAAUACCCACAUUAUUAUUAUUAUUAUUACAUCUGUACAAUGUAUUUUGAAUGGUGCUUCUGUACAUUUUCGAUCCUUUUCAUUGCAGCGGCCAUCGUGUAAUUGCUUUUUCCCAAACAGAGAUACACGCAAUACUAGUGCAUGAACAUUCAAACUCACUGAAUUAAACAAACACUAACAGCAAGGUA